CACAAGUACAAAAUAACAAUAUUCUACCGUUAAAUAUGAUUAAAGAAGCAUACACGGAGAACUAACAACAAUUUUUAUAAACCCAAUAAAGUUAGGGGGAAGGGUAAAGAAAACUAAUUUUUAUAAUAGGCUUAUUCUAAAGCUUUUCUUUGAAAUAAUUCUCAUUUGACCUAAAACAUUAUUAAACAUAGGACAGGCAAAGGAUCUUCCAGACCUUCAAAUAACACUCGACCGACCAUUAAAUAAUUAUGGACCGAAUACCUAAAAUCGAAAAAUUUAUAAACUCUAUACUAGUUCUGGAUUCGGCGGAGUGCUGGGUUGUGACCCGAAUUGGCCCAGCGUAGAUCCGCCGUAAUAAUCUUUCACAUCGAAAGAAAGAGAAAAUGAAAGUAUAUAGCCGGCAGAGGAAGCUGAGUCGUCGUGGAGCCAAUCACGCCAAACAUCCCAUUCAUUCGGUUAAGAGAAUACAACAAAAAAAAAGGAGAAAAAAAAGCAAAAAAUAAAUACUAUUUCCACCGUCUGCCUAUCUGUACAUAAUCCCAUUCUCUCAGCUUCUAGACUCAUUGACUCUUUCCUUCUGCAUUCUCUGAUCUUUCCCCAAAUUUCCCUCUCCCCCUGAAACCGCCGUCACCGGGCGGUUGAACCGAAAUCAUGACGAGCUACCGGCCGAAGCUGGACGAGGCACAGAUCGCCGACCUCCGGGGGAUCUUCCGGUCCUUCGAUCGGAACAAGGACGGCAGCCUGACGCAGAUCGAGCUGGCAUCUUUGAUCCGGUCACUUGGACUAAAUCCAAGCUCAGACGAGCUCAAGGCGCUGAUCCAGAGGGCAGACACGAACAACAACGGCCUGGUGGAGUUCACGGAGUUCCUGGCGAUGGUGGCGCCGGGGAUCCAGACGGAGGAAGAAGAGGAGGAGGAGUCGGCGUACAGCGAGGAGCAGCUGAAGCAGCUGUUCAGGAUGUUCGAUCGGGACGGGAACGGGUACAUCACAGCCGCGGAGCUGGCGCACUCGAUGGCGAAGCUGGGCCACAAGCUGACGGCGGAGGAGCUCACCGGGAUGAUCAGGGAGGCGGAUACCGACGGCGACGGCCGCAUCAGCUUCCCGGAAUUUUCCCGCGCCAUUUCGUCCGCCGCGUUCCAGAACGCUUGGGCUUAGAUAGAAGAAGAUAGCAAGUCAAGUGAAACGACGCCGUAUUUUCCUUCGUGAUGAUCGUCCAUGUUCAAAAGUUA